GCUUCCGCCAAGUGUCAGCUCCAAGCAGCAGGUCGUUGAGGCGGUGCAGGACGACCUGAGCCACGGCUUUGUCCAUUUUUCCACCCGAAACGCGGCGGAAGCGGCGCUCCGAGCAGGCGGCGUGCAGAUCCUCCAGCAUCAUGUGGAAAUUCGGGAAGCGAAGCCGGAGGAUGGAGAGGAUGAUGCUUCAAAAACCGAGAGCGUCUUGCAGGAAGGUGAGGAGUGCUUCUACUGGCGCGGUCGCAUGGAGAAGUUCCGCCGUGGCCAUGGCUUUCUGCGGCCCCUGCCAGGCGGCGAACAGUUGCCCGGGAGCAGUGUGGAGUCGACGAUCCAGCGCGGUGUCUAUGUGUCACCAGCGCAGGUGGACCGUUUCGACCUGUCGGACGGCGACGUGGUGGGCGCCCACGUGCGGCCGCCGCGGAGCCAGGAGCAACGCUUCGGGGGCGACUUCCAGGGGGAGGCCGAUGAACAGUCCUGGGCUCUACUCCACGUCUGCGACGUGAAUGGAGAGGACAGCGCCCAACGGAAACGCCGCUGGAGUUGGGACGAGACCGAAACCUUCGAAUGGACCGGGAUGGUCGAAUGUUGGAGGAAAGACGCCCAUGGAUUCCUGAGACCGUUGGCCAAAGAAGACCGGCGGAGUGUGGAGAAUCCCGAAGUGCCAGAGGCUGAGAUGGGCGUUUUCCUUAGCCCCAGCUGUAUCAACAACCACAAGCUACGUGAUGGCGAUGUGGUGAAGGCAGUGAUUUGUAAAGAUGGUGGAAAAUCCAUGAUUGUGCGAAAGGUUCUGCACUUGGAACGACGUUCUCAGGAGCUGCACCUCAACGGCUGGUGCUUUGUGCUGGAAGGUGUCGUAGAGACCUUCAGCGAACGCGUGGGAGGCUACGGGUUCCUACGGCCUGCGGAAGAUAGCCGCGAACUUUUUGAAUCCAAGGGCUGUGCUGAAGGUGUUUUCAUCUAUCCCGCCCAGAUCCGAAGAUAUCGUCUCAGCGACGGUCAACGCGUGGUCGCUCGCAUCUAUCCCGCCGAGCCCCCCGAGCGUUCACCCAAGCUGGUGGACAUUCUGCCGGAUGAACAAGAAGAAGAUGAUAUUUGGCAGCUGUUGGAGAAGAAUGAGGAGGAUCCCAAUGCCGACGACGACGAUCUGCCGCCGGAACGGAUCCGCAAAUUGCUGGGCAUUCGCAUGCAUGGCCGCAUCAGUCGUGUGAACCUGGGGAGGACUGGUUACUACGGUUUUUUGAAGGCUGACCAUACAGACAUCCCGGAAGAGGUCUUCUUCCGGGUCCGGAAGGGUGUCGAAGCGCGCGAAGGGGAAGCGGUCUUUUUUCGUCUGGAGAUUCGCCGACGGGGGCAUGGGGAGUGGACCCCCUGUGCGGUGAACAUCCAUUAUCAUCAGCAGGGGAUGGAGAUACCGGAAGAAUCGGCUGAGCUACUGAAACCAGCUCAGCCACCGUCAGAGGCAACGAAGGAGCCAAAGACGUCGGAUGAACGAAAGGAUUCAGAUGAAGCAUCGAAAUCGGAGCCGCAGAAAGCUGAUGAAGCAUCGAAAUCGGAGUCUGAUGAAGCAAAGAAGCCAGACGAAGCAUCGAAAUUGGAGUCUGAUGAAGCAAAGAAGUCAGAUGAAGCAUCGAAAUCGGAGGUCAAGAAGUCAGAUGAGUCUUUGACCACAGAACCAAUGAAAGCUGAGCCAAAGGAAUCCGAUGAACCACCACAACCAGCUGCAGCUGAAGCAGCUGAAGCUGAAGGAAAACAAAGCAACGCGAGAGAGUCACUUCCGCCACCAGAACCAGCUGAACCACCCAAGGUGCAAAGGUCGGCACACGAUGGCAAGAAGUGGUGGGAAAUUGAUGACCCGCCAGUGAAGCCUUCGGUGCAACCCUCGGUGGCCCCUUCGGAACCGCCUUCGGAACAGCCCAAGGCACCAGCACGACGAUGGGAAGCCGCGCGGAAGACCUACGGCAAGGGCGACCCAGAUGUGGUGCUGUCGGUGGAGGGCAACAGGUUCGAUAGGCUCAAAGGGAAGUCCAAAGGUGACAAAGGUGACAGAGGUGGAAAGGGGAAGGCUGAACGGAAGGGCGACAAGGGUAAAGGCAAUAAAGGCGAAGCCCGUGGAAAAGGUAGAGAUGGACGUGGCAAGGGUCAAAGUUCCAAAAGUCAUCAACAAAGUCAUCAACAAAGUCAUCAACCUCCUCAACAUCAUCGCCCCAGUGGCUCAGCUCGCCCCAUUUUUGGUCAGCCAAGUGGCUCUCUUCAACCGGAAACGGCAGACUUUGGAUCCAAGGUGCACAUCCACGUGCACGUGAACGGUCAGGAGAUGCCUCGCUGUCCCACGCCCCGGGGAUCCAUUGCGCAACUGCUCCCGCAGGCGCCACCGGAGGCACCGGAGGCGCCGAGAGUGAGGAUUCGCCCCACGGUGGCGCCAAAGAAGCUCGAGAAGAAGAAGAAGAGGAAAAAUCGGAGAAACCAAAACAACUUUGAAUCAAAUUAUUCAAUGGAUCAGAUGGAUCAGAUGGAUCAGAUGGAUCAGAUGGAGAUGGAGAUGGAGAUGGAACCAGAAAUCGACGUGCGCAAAUCGAAACUGCCUGGAACAUCUGGCAGUGGGCCUUGGAAUCCGAAUGACACGCAUCCAUCCAGACCCAAGAUCAUCCCAUCCCAAGCUCCAGCUUCAGCAGCUUCAGCUUCAUCAGCUCCCGCUCCCGCGCGCAAAGUGACCAAAGUGUUACAGUCCCGUCCCAAGUGUAUGCCCCGAAAACGACCUGAUGAACGACCUGAUGUCACUGAUGUCAUUCCUCCAGAUUCCAAAUCCUCCAGAUUUUCAGCUCCGCUUCCGGUGAAAAAGGAGGACGACGACUUCAUCAUGGUCCGGGUGGACAGCACGCCGCCGCCGCCGUCAACGUCAACAGCGACGUCGUCGUCGGCGUCGGACUUCGUCCUGGUGCAGGUGGAGAUGGAUGAACCGAAACAACUGCCACGACCCAAGGUGGAAGUGAAAGAGGAAGACUGGGAUGAGGAUUGGUGAUGCCAGUGAUAUACGCCAGGAAGAUCGCCAGGAUGAGAUGAGUUUUGAAGCGACAUGCUGGGAAUACUUGGAUCGGGAUGAUGGAAUUGGUCUGAAACUUUUUGGAAUAUUUUUCUGA